AUGACUGUCCGGAGCCAAGAAAAAGUUUUUGAUCUUACUAUCAAUAGAGGAACUUUUGCUCCUGAUGGUUUUAAACGAGAUAUGUUUCUCAUAAAUGGUCAAUUUCCUGGCCCUCUUAUUAGUGCCACUAAAGGUGAUACGUUAGUGUUGAAUAUUAAAAAUGAUUUGGAUGAAGAUACUUCAAUUCAUUCUCAUGGAAUGUUCCAACGCGGAACUCCUUGGUAUGAUGGUGUCCCUGGACAAGGAAUUCCUGCGGGUAAAUCAUUCACCUACAAAUAUCAAGUUUGUCAAAGUGGUACUUUUUGGUACCACUCGCAUUCAAAAGUCCAAUAUGCCGAAGGAAUUAUUGGUCCCCUUGUAGUUUAUGAUCCGGAUGAUCCUUAUAUUAAUAAUUAUGAUGAUGAAAUUGUUGUGCAGUUACAUGACUGGUUUCACACCGACGCUAAAAUUUUAUUAGCUAAAUUAUUAACUCCUGAGAGUCGAGGGUUUGGUCCAAUUCCUGAUAGUGUGAUGCUCCAUUGGAACAGUUCAAAUUUGUUCAAGGAAAGCGAUACAGAAUUAGACUUAUUAAUUCUGCGAAUUGAAGUUGAAGGGAUGGUGAUUAAACCUUACAAAGUUAAUCGUCUUCCUAUUAAUGUUGCUCAACGUUAUUCAGUCAUUGUGAAGGCCGAUAAGUCGGUGGAUUCGUAUUGGAUGCGGGCCGAAAUAGAAACUCAAUGUUUUCCUAUCCAAAAUCCCAUCCUCGAUCCUAUGGUAAAAGCCAUCGCUACAUAUGAAGGAAGUUCAAAACAAACUCCAGUAUCAACUGCAUGGAAUGAUAAAGUUACAGAUUGUGUAGAUUUGGACCCUAAUAAACUAGAACCUUACUAUUCACAACACGUUCCUGAUGCUGAUACUACAAUAAAUUUAUUUGUUAAUUUCCGUCGGGAUGAAAAAAAUAUCACUAUGGGAUUUAUAAACAAUUCAACUUAUGUAUCAGACCUUAAAUAUCCUACAAUUUACAAAGUUUUGGAUGGCGUGACGCAGUUUGCACUUACUGAUAAUGUUUUUUUAAUUGAACAAAUUCAAGUUGUAGAUGUUCUUAUAUUAA